CAAAAAGCAGUGACGUCAUUGUCCUCUAACUUUCGGACAAAUGUUUCUUCUAUUAAAUUGUUAAUUAAUCGUUUCGAAGGGAACGCAUAGGAAUUUGGAAAUCCCAGAUGAGAACAGCAGACAUCGGUCUCUAUGGACAACCCAGGGGCGGUGGCUAUGCUCCGCUGCAGGAAGUGUCGUAAAGGCUUUGUAGACACAACAUGCCUGCAUCCGAUAGUGCCUGAUGAUGACACAACGGCAGCAGGUACAUGCAGCGUCUGGCACAUGAACGUUGAUACACUGCCAGAGUGGAUACUGACGUCAGUUCACCAGGCCCAGUGGACAGUGGGGAAGCUGAACUGUGGGAACUGUGGUGCUCGCCUGGGUGGCUUCAACUUUCUCAACAACACCAAAUGCCCCUGUGGUCAGGAGUCCACCGUGCACCUUAGCAAGAGUCGGGUCGACCAGGACCACAAACGCUACCUUCAUGUGGUCAGACCGCAGACGACGAGAGGUAGGGGAGGACCGGGCUGCCUGAAGGGCGAGCCGGUGGGUUCUCACAGUGAGCAGUACAGGUCAGAGGUCGGGGAGGACUUUCUUGUUGGCUCACAGCUCUGCUGUACUUCUGUGUCCCACCUUAACGCUGAGAGCCGACCAAUCACAACACACCCAGAUGCCUUUUUCCAGUUGGCUGACAUCAGAGCCACCCAAUCAGUUCCAUUGAGCUCCCCCAGCAUGGUUUCUCAUACAAAGUUUGGUGCGAGGUGUAGGUUGGAACCCUCCUGUAGCUCUGGCUCCCAGACUGGCCCUGUUGAAGUGACUGAGGGAGAGGUGAGGACUGGGACAGAGCUGCUGCCCUAUUCACCUGUUGUGUCCUACACCCCUCAUCUAUUUGCAACUAGUAUUAUUAGGUCACCUACCUGCCUAUCACGUCUGACUAGAGAGGCCCCUGGUUCUCGUCUUCUCUUCCUGAGAGGGCCAGGUGUCUCCCACAUCCCUGGAGAGCAGGAGGAGGCUGUGGAGGAGGAGAGAAGGGGAACCCCCACAGAGCUCCAGGCCCAGGUAGUAGCCAACAAUGCUUCUCCAGCCCUACAAAGGUUCAGCAAGAAAGAGAAGAACCGGCUGAAGAGCCAGAGGAGGAAACAGAGGAAGAAAGAGCGCUGGCUCCACUCCCAGGAACAGAGUGUGACAGGGCUGCUAACAGACAGUGAGGAGGUGGACAGAGAGGGCUACACCUGUGCUGUGUGCCUGGAUGUCUACUUCAGUCCCUAUAGCUGUCACCCCUGUGGCCACAUCUUCUGUGAGCCCUGCCUCCGCACGCUGGCCAAGAACCGGCCAGCCAACACCCCCUGUCCCCUCUGCCGCACCCUCAUCUCACACACACUCUUCCAGAAAGAGCUCAACCAGACAGCUAAGACUUUUUUCCCGAAGGUCUACCACUCACGGAAACACAACUUUCAAAAAGCCAACUAUGCUAAAUUGCCUCUUCCCAACUGCCCAAAACGUUUCCGCAUCUUUUGGGGGUACCAGGGGCAAGUGGCUCCAGGGAGGUGGUGGCACUUUGCCCCCGCAGGCUUCGCCCUGGAUGCCCUGGAUCUGGCCGACAUGCGUGGCUGGUUCUUCGAUAUUGACCUGGUCAUCAUCUACAUCCACUCUGUCAACUGGAUACUGGCCCUGCUGGUUCUUUGCUUUCUAGCAUACCUCUUCUUGUCUUGAGUGCUGUUUGUGUAUUUAGCCAGUGAUGGCUGACCUCUAAAAAUGGUACAGUUGAGGCUUCUGGGUGAUGUAGUAUUGUGCCUAAUAGUGCUUACUGCCAGGUAACUCACCUGUCACCUCCAUAUGUUAACUGGAAUCAUGAGCAGUCCUGAGGGGAACUGGAACUGUGAGGUGUUUUUUUGUUGCAGUUGGGGAGGUCAUAUAUAUAGAAAUACCAGUACUCAAAUGAAGUUGUGUAGAUGGGCUUAUUUCAUAUUUUGUGAGUUUUACAUACAAUCUUUUCACUGUAAAUCCAAAAUUGUUUUAUGAGGGAUAGAAGUGUAAUAGAAGUGAAAACGAAAGACCAAUAAUUAUUAUUGUUUAAAAAAAUCAGGUUAGGAAAUGCACAGAGAUCUAUAAUAAUAGGCCUAUUUUGAUAGAUGUAUGACCAGUGGGCCCGCUCUGUCAAGGACUUGCCUCAGGUCAUCAACAUGAAGGUAGAAUAAUCACAUACAGUACCAGCCAAAAGUUUGGACACACUUACUCAUUCCAGGGUUUUUCUUUAUUUUGACUAUAUUCUACAUUGUAGAAUAAUAGUGAAGGCG